AGACAAUGACAUAUUUGUUGUAAUUUGUAAUUUAUGUUGUUUGUGUUUUGUGUAUAUGUGUAUGUAACCCCUAGAAAUGGUUUUCAUUUUUUUUAAACAAGAUAAAAUAUUUUAUGAUAUGAUUAAACAAUUUACACUAUAUACAAUAACCGCUCACUACAAAUGGUUGUCAGUUUAACCCUGGACAAAUUGUCCACAGAAUUAAUACUAAAAAUUUGUACCUAUUUAGAUAUCGAAGACUUGUGUCAACUGAAAAAAGUUUGCCGAAGGUUCAAUGAAAUAAUAUGUUUCUGGGACAAUGUACUUUGUAAGAAUGUCCACUUAGCUGUUGUCACCAACCAGCUCGAUGAAGUUUUUGGACUAAAAUGUUACCGAAGACUUUCGAAUAUAGAAAAAUUGCGAAUCUCCAAUAAUUGGAUAAAAGGAAAGUAUUUUGAAAAAGCAUUUCUAUCUACGAGAAAGCGAUUCAUUCCGUAUCUUCAAAUAACAAAUAAAUUUCUAUGGAUUAGCCGUGGUGAGACCAUUUUUUGUUACAAAAGACUUCAAUCUACUCUUCAUGUUCGUACUCCUUAUGCUACCCUUCAAGGGAAGAAAAAUAUUGAUAUCGUUAACUUCCAAAUUAAAAACAAUGUCUUAGUAAGUGGAUUCAGGGAUGGGGGCAUUUCUGUAGUAAAAUUGUCAAACCAGAGUUGUGUGCUCAAAAGCCAAAGCUGCCAUCAUUCUGAUAUCAAUUCUGUGGAUGUGAGUCAAUAUGGGUGUACUGUGGUAUCAGGAACUAGAGAAAAUGAAUUCAAAGUAUGGAACAUUGCUCAGAAUGAUUCUGAGGAGGUACUUAAACAACGAUACUGUGUACUUUUACCUGAUCUCAUCUGGAAAGUAGCCCUUUCAGAAAAAAAUGAUUCAAAAGUUGCUAUUGCUACAGCUGGUAAUAUAUACAGAAAUUCUCUAUUUAUUUAUGAUUUAAACCGUAUGGAUACUAGAGAUGAACUUGAAUUCGAUCAUAACACUAUAAGAGGAAUUUUUGAUGCCAGAUGGGAUGGUUAUGAUACUCUUUGGACUGUUGGGUUUGAUGCCUACUUAAGAAGAUGGGAUCUAAGAACUUUAAAAUGUGUAAAAGCUUAUUUGGACCCUUGUGGCUCUUCUCUGUAUUGUUUGGAUUUAGAUCAUCAUAAUACAAUUUUAACUGGUGCACAGUUACAUGGUAGAGUGACCCUAUGGGAUUAUAGGACUGGACAUGCCCUCCAGAUGUAUUACAUGGACUCAUGCAAAAACCAACGUUAUAACAAGAGUUCUCCUGUCUAUAGUCUUGCAUUUGAUGCUGACCAUUUGUAUACAGUUACUGAUCAGAAUUUGAACCAUUUAGAUUUUUCAGUAUAUAAUGCUACUCCAAAGGAUUACAGUUUCUUUUUGGAUUGAAAUUUCUUGGUAUUUCAAGAAUUCAAAAAUUUUUAGUUAAAUAUCUUAAAAAAGUGUAUAUUUGGUUAUAUUUGAAAUUAGUUGUUAUCAAAUGUCUUGCAGAUGACAUUUAAACUUUUUGAUCAACUUGUACCUUGUAAAAAUUUGAUGUAAUUUGUUAUCAUUUUUCAAUAUAGAAAAUAUAUUAAAC